UUGAGUGCAUGUACUGUGAAACCGUAUGGGCCCUGCGUGAUAGGUGGGGGUGCCGCCGGGUGAGCUGGACUGGUAUAUCUUCUGUACAGAGGGCUGGAAAGCUGAGCUGAACUGCGGCCGCGACCAUGGCGGACUAUGACCUUUCCACGAAGAUCGCGACCUACUUGGACCGGCACAUGGUGUUCCCGCUGCUCGAGUUCCUCUCGCAGCUGGGCAUCUACAACGAGAUCGACCUCAACAAGUUCCGUCUUGACAUGCUGAAAGGCUCCAAGAUGGUGGACUACAAUACAGAGGUGUUGCAGAAGGUGUACCCGGAGCGCGAGAUCCCGCAGGAGAUCGUCGACUGCCGCCGGGAGGUCAUGGCUGAGUGGGAGCAGAUCAACAAUGAGAUGAAGCCCAUCUUUGAGAUAUUCAGGCUGGAUGAGGUGAAGAAGCAAAUCCAGGUGUCGCGCGAUUCAAAGCAGCUGGUCGACUUCCUGGUGGACCGGUUCAAUUUCGAGCUGGAAAUGAUGGACACGCUCUACAAGUUCGCCAAGUUCAACUAUGAGGUGGGCAGCUACGGCCGCGCCGCCGAGUACCUGUACCUGCAUAAGGUGCUGGUGCCGAUGAGCGACAAGAACUACCUGAGCAGCCUGUGGGGCAAACUGUCCUCAGAGAUCCUGAUGCAGAACUGGGAUACGGCCGUCGAGGACAUGAACCGGCUCAAGGAGUACAUCGACAAUCAGGGCUUCAAUAACGACGCGCAGGCGCUGACGCAGCGGUGCUGGCUCAUUCACUGGAGCCUCUUCAUCUUCUUCAACACGCCCAAGGGCUACGAGCUGCUCAUCGACAUGUUCCUGUACCAGGCCAACUACCUGAACACCAUCCAGACCAUGUGCCCGCACAUUCUGCGCUAUCUGACCACGGCCGUGGUCAUCAGCAGACAGAACCGGCCGAACGCGCUCAAAGACUUGGUCAAGGUCAUCCAGCAGGAGUCGUACUCUUACAAGGACCCCAUCACCGAGUUCAUCGAGUGUCUGUACGUCAACUUCGACUUCGACGGCGCCCAGCACAAGCUUAAGGCAUGCGAGUCGGUGUUGUCCAACGACUUCUUCACCGUGGCCUGCCCGGCUGAGUUCAUCGAGAACGCACGCCUCAUGACAUUCGAGACGUUCUGCCGCAUCCACCAGGUGAUCAGCAUCGACAUGCUGGCGCAGAAGCUAAACAUGGAGUCUAGCGAGGCCGAGCGCUGGAUCGUCAACCUCAUCCGCCAAGCGCAUCUGGACGCCAAGAUCGACUCGGCACAGGGCCACGUCAUCAUGGGACAACAGGCCGUGUCGCCGUACCAGCAGCUGAUCGAGAAGACAAAGCACAUCAGCUUCCGCGCGCAGGCGCUCACCGACACCAUCCGAAAGAAGCUGAACGCCAAAAACCAGGACCAUGGAGGGUGGGCAGGCGAAAUGUGAACGUGGGGAACUAGGUCACUUUCUCGGACGGUGAAUACAUUUACCAGGUGUUUGGA